GGGAACCAGUGGGUACGGAUGAUGAACUUCAUCUUUUUGUCAUAGGACUUCAUCUGCCUGAAGGGGAAACUGAAGACUGCAUCAAUGGAGCACAUUCAAGGAGCUUGGAAGACCCUCAGUAAUGGGUUUGGACUGAAGGAUUCUGUCUUUGAUGGCCCAAACUGUAUUUCACCUACUAUUGUCCAGCAGUUUGGUUAUCAGCGCCGAGCAUCUGAUGACGGCAAAAUCUCAGAUACUUCCAAAACCAGCAAUACCAUUCGUGUCUUCUUGCCCAACAAGCAGCGCACAGUGGUGAAUGUGCGCAAUGGGAUGACCUUGCACGACUGUCUCAUGAAGGCACUGAAAGUGAGGGGUCUGCAGCCAGAAUGCUGUGCAGUCUUUCGACUCCUAGCUGAACCAAAAGGAAAAAAAGUGCGUUUGGAUUGGAAUACAGAUGCUGCCUCCUUGAUUGGAGAGGAACUGCAAGUGGACUUUCUUGAUCAUGUUCCACUCACUACACACAAUUUUGCUCGGAAGACGUUUCUAAAGCUUGCUUUCUGUGACAUCUGCCAGAAGUUCUUGCUGAAUGGCUUUCGGUGUCAGACGUGCGGUUAUAAGUUCCACGAACACUGCAGCACCAAAGUCCCAACCAUGUGUGUCGACUGGAGCAACAUCAGGCAACUCUUAUUGUUCCCAAAUUCAAAUAUCAGUGACAGUGGUGUCCCUGCACUACCUCCCUUGACAAUGAGACGGAUGCGGGAGUCUGUCUCCCGGAUACCUGUUAGUUCCCAGCACAGGUAUUCUACACCUCAUGCCUUCACGUUCAACACAUCAAAUCCUUCUUCUGAGGGCUCUCUUUCCCAAAGACAGCGAUCUACAUCCACACCAAAUGUCCACAUGGUUAGCACUACGAUGCCUGUAGACAGCCGGAUAAUUGAGAAUAACAGCCUGAAUGCUUCUCCCAGUUCCUGGUGCAGACGGUUUUGUUUGAGGGGAAGAGAUGCAAUUCGAAGCCAUAGUGAAUCAGCCUCACCUUCUGCUCUGUCUGGAAGUCCUAACAAUAUGAGCCCAACUGGCUGGUCUCAGCCCAAAACCCCAGUCCCAGCCCAAAGAGAGCGAGCCCCUGGAUCUAACACACAAGAAAAAACCAAAAUUAGGCCUCGUGGACAGAGAGAUUCCAGUUAUUACUGGGAAAUAGAAGCAAGUGAAGUGAUGCUUUCUACCAGAAUAGGGUCAGGUUCAUUUGGAACAGUUUACAAAGGCAAAUGGCAUGGGGACGUAGCAGUGAAGAUACUAAAGGUUGUAGAUCCAACCCCAGAGCAGUUCCAGGCUUUCAGAAAUGAAGUGGCUGUAUUAAGGAAGACUCGGCACGUGAACAUUCUGCUCUUCAUGGGCUACAUGACUAAAGACAACCUGGCCAUCGUCACGCAGUGGUGUGAAGGAAGCAGCCUGUACAAACACCUGCAUGUGCAAGAGACCAAGUUCCAAAUGUUCCAGCUCAUUGAUAUUGCUCGGCAGACGGCACAGGGAAUGGACUAUUUACAUGCAAAGAAUAUAAUCCACAGAGACAUGAAAUCCAAUAAUAUAUUUCUUCAUGAAGGCCUCACAGUGAAAAUAGGAGACUUUGGUCUGGCCACUGUAAAGUCCAGGUGGAGUGGAUCUCAGCAGGUGGAGCAGCCUACUGGUUCAAUCCUGUGGAUGGCUCCAGAGGUGAUCCGGAUGCAGGACAGUAAUCCAUUCAGCUUUCAGUCGGAUGUCUACUCCUAUGGAAUAGUGUUAUAUGAACUGAUGACAGGAGAGCUGCCCUAUUCCCACAUAAACAACAGGGAUCAGAUUAUUUUCAUGGUUGGCCGGGGCUAUGCUUCUCCAGACCUCAGCAAACUCUACAAGAACUGCCCCAAAGCGAUGAAGAGGCUUGUAGCAGAUUGCUUGAAGAAAGUGAGGGAAGAACGACCUCUGUUUCCACAAAUCCUGUCCUCCAUCGAACUGCUGCAGCAUUCUUUGCCCAAAAUCAACCGGAGUGCUUCGGAGCCGUCCCUGCACCGCGCUGCCCACACAGAGGACAUCAACGCCUGCACGUUAACCUCCACCAGGCUGCCUGUCUUCUAGGCUCCUGCUCCCCUUCCCUCCUCCUCCUCAGGGAUGGGAAAGGAACAGAAGUUGUGCUUUUUAAUGCCUCCAUGUACAGGAUCAGUGCCAGCAGGAUUAUCUGCAUCCCAGUUUGAAGAACAAGCUGCUAAGGGUUUCUGCGGUUCUUACCCUGCAAGGACACAGCUCCACAUUGCCUUUUUUCUACAGUUUCUUUCACUGGGAUGGUUCACAGAUGAGAAAUCAAGAGAUCUAUUACUAUUUUUUUUUUAAUAGAUGCACUUGAGCCUUAUUUUCCCAUCCACAGAAGCCAUGGAUGUUCCUUUGGCAGCGUUUCUGGACUGACUGGGAUCUGUUUUUUUUCACAGCCAGGAUGGCUCACCUUGGUGUUUUGAGGAAAAGUGAUGCCUUGUGGUGCUCCUCAAGUGCCCUGUGCCACUCCAGGGUGGGGGAGCUUGGCCUGACAUAGGUGGCUGCAAACUAGACUGAGGGGGAAA